CUAAAAGCUUUUAUAUUCCCCCCUUCAAUCAUUCCCCAUUUGCAUGCAAUCCAAUCAAUGGCAUUUCCACCUCUUCUCCUUCUUCUUCUCAUUCUUUUACCCUCCUUCCAAGCCCUCUCCCCCAAUGAAGUCGUUAUUCCCAUCCAUCAAUCCCACACGUCCGAGGACCUCAUCACUCGGGCCUGCGACAACAUACAAAACCGAGGUUCCUGUCUGGAGAACAUACGGUCCCGGGUCGAAACCGACGGGGGUCACCGCGACCCGACCUCCAUCCUCAAAGCGGCCAUUCAGAACUCCCUCAGCGAGGCCAGGCUCGCCAUUGACGCCCUCACAAAGUUCAACACCUUCUCGGUGUCUCCGAGGGAGCAAAUGGCCAUCGGGGACUGCCAAGAGCUCCUCGACUUCUCCGUCACGGAGCUGGCCUGGUCGCUGGCGGAGAUGCGGGAGAUCCGAGCUGGCAUCAAGAGCUUCCAUUCCGAGGGGAACCUCAAGGCCUGGCUGAGCGCCGCUCUGAGCAACCAGGACACGUGCUUGGAGGGGUUCGAGGGCACGGAUCGCCGCCUCGAGAGCUUCAUCAGGGGGAGUUUAGUUCAAGUCACGCAGCUCAUCAGCAACGUGCUGACCCUCUACGUCCAGUUACAUAGCCUGCCCUUCAGGCCGCCCAGAAACCAGACCGCCGAGGAUGAGGCGGAGGCGGAGGCGGGUUUUCCGAGCUGGAUGACGGCGGGGGAGAUGGAGAUGGCGGUUUUGGAGCCGGAGAGGAUGCACGUGGACGCGGUUGUGGCGUUGGAUGGCAGCGGGCAUUACCGGUCGGUGGCGCAGGCGGUGUUGGAGGCUCCCAGCUAUAGCAGGAGGAGGUAUGUGAUCUACGUGAAGAGAGGGGUUUAUCAUGAGACUGUUGAUAUGAAGAAGAAGAAGACUAAUAUCAUGCUGGUGGGAGAUGGAAUUGGAGCCACUGUUAUCACCGGUAAUAGAAAUUUCAUGCAAGGUUGGACCACAUUUCGAACUGCCACAGUUGCUGUUUCCGGGAAGGGUUUCAUAGCAAGAGACAUGACAUUCCGGAACACAGCCGGCCCACAGAACUUCCAGGCAGUGGCACUCCGGGUGGACUCCGAUCAGUCAGCGUUUUUCCGGUGCAGCAUGGAGGGGUAUCAGGACACCCUCUACGCGCACUCCCUCCGCCAGUUCUUCCGCGAGUGCACCAUCACCGGCACCAUCGACUUCAUCUUCGGCAACGGCGCCGCCGUCUUGCAAAAAUGCAAGAUCUUCACGAGGGACCCACUCCCCCUCCAGAAGGUCACCAUAACCGCCCAAGGCCGCAAAAGCCCGGACCAGAACACGGGCUUCUCCAUUCAAGACAGCUACGUAUACGCCUCCAGGCCGACCUAUUUAGGCCGGCCCUGGAAAGAAUUCUCCAGGACGGUGUUCAUGAAUACGUUCAUGAGCGGAAUGGUCCAGUCCAGAGGGUGGUUGGAGUGGUAUGGAGAUUUUGCUUUGAAGACGUUGUGGUUUGGAGAGUAUAGGAAUUAUGGGCCCGGGGCUUCCUUGUCUGGGCGGGUCCGCUGGCCCGGGUAUCACGUUAUGAAGGAUGCGUCGGCGGCGAAUUUCUUCACCGUUCAACGCUUCAUUGAUGGCAUGUCAUGGUUGCCGGCCACCGGAGUCAGGUUCUCGGCUGGUCUCACUAAUUAAACUGUAAUUAUUUUUAGUUUUAUAUAAUAUAUAAUAUAGGAGUUCAAUUUAAUUACUGGAAAUAUAUUAUUAGUUUUAGAA